GUUUCUCGUGGAUCUGCGAUCGGGUUUCUGAGACAGAUAUGCAGAGGUCUUCCAAAUAAGAAGGCGGUUCGGUAACGCUCGUUGGUAAGAACGAGGGUCGUUAGCGUUACUGCUUUGUUUCAUCAGACCCAAAAAUAUGUAACUGCGAUGGCACACUUCGCAGCCCGCUUGGCGGCGCUGCUACUGCCGUUCAGUGUAAAUGCGCUCGCCACAACUUCAUUGCUGUCUACAAGGGGAGAUGACGACCCUUGGGAGCGCAUGAAGCGCGUGAAAGACCGAGGCCACGCGACGCACUCCCACUUUGCGCUGCACCCGAAGCACGAUGCACAGCUGAGUUUCACCGAAGACCUCGUUGCGGCCACCAACGCCGUGCGGCGGCGCGCUUUCCUCCCCUCCAUGGUCUGGGAUCCGGAGUUGGCGACCGGUGCGGAGGAACAUGCGAAGACGCUCUGCACGAAUUUCGCCCACAGCAGCGUGGAACAGCGACACGACAAUGGCAUGCCGACGGAAAAAGAGGACUACAUCGGGGAAAAUAUCUACAAAGUGCAGGGGUUCGACCCCACGGGAACCGAUGUCGUGGAUGCCUGGUACGCGGAGAUCAAGGAUUACACCUACGGGCCGGUGGGCUCUGCCUGCACGACGACCAAAUGCCAGUCCUGGCCGCUGGAUCGGCAAGAUCAGUGUAUGGUGGGGCACUUCACGCAGCUCAUGUGGCACAGCAGCACGCAGGUCGGCUGCGGAAAGGCGCAGUGUGGUACUAUUGCGGGUGCAAGGAAAGAGAAAUUAUCGACUCCUGCUGUUUCCUUGAAGGGAAAUAGUAAAACUGCAGCAAAUAAAUUGCUCGGGAGCGGCAAGUCGACAGCUAAAGUGGCGCCAGCGAUGAAAUCUACGGACCCUUUCAAGAGGCUGCAGGGCAUCUUUCGGAAGCUCAACGGGGCAGCGAGAACACUGAAAAGCGGUCACUCGAGUACUGCUUUUCUGGAAGAUGCAGAAGAAAAAAGCAAGGAUGAAGACAAGGUUUUCGCCGUGUCGUGCCGGUACAAACAAGGCGGCAACACCGUCGGGGACGUUCCGUUUGACUCUUCGACCGCGAAAAUGUUGCAGCUCAAGAAUGAGUCGUGUACGCCGCUGCGCUAGACGCAAAGAUUGUAGAUUGAUAAAACCCAUUCGCACGCGUCCUUGCUGGUGAACAAGCUCGUGUUUUUUCCACCCAGCCAAGAUAGAAAAUCAUUGCAUCCUGCCUG